GCAGUGCGUCACAGCGACCCAACAGAUCCAGGAUCCCCCGACACAGAGUCAGGUAGCUCAACACAGCGACGAAAAUAGCUUUUCUAAGAGAACACGUCUACAUCAGUCUGCCACAUGUUUUAAUGUUUUUACGCACAUCUCUUAGAUUUUUUCCAUUUUGGGUGCGACUUUUCCCCCUUUUGAAGUAGUAACAGCUAUUUUUUCAUCUAAGCGCUUUUUUUUACUUUGUUAUUUCUCAUUCUCGUUAUUUGUUUGCGGUGAUACAGUGAGAGAGAGGAUCCGGAGCAAACAGCUGGGGAAUAUACAUAAACUCCGCUAUAUGGAUACGGAAUCGCUCCCAUCUGCAGCUGUACUCAGAUUUUGAUCUCAGACGUUGCUCUCUGCUCAAAGAAGAACAUGAAAUCUGCUGAAGAGGAUGCAUAUGGCUACACGCCAAAUGUCAGUCUCUCCCUCCCACUGGGCAACCCUUGUCUUCCCUCCCAGUACCACAGCCUCCAGUCCAGCCCUACUAUAUCUGUGUCUGUCACAGAGCCUCACAGUUAUGACACCCAGGAUGACAUGAGUGUGGCCGGCUACUAUUCAUCCUCAAGCAUCCGCCCGAACGGAGCCCCGACCCUGGAGAGCCCUCGCAUCGAGAUCACAGCCUACGGUCAGUUUCCUGAGGAUGAAGUGGAGGAGAGCAACCUUCCUGUUGCCAAGCGAGUCAAUUCCAUAGUGACGCUGACCCUCCCCAGUGCAGAUGGUUACCGCGACCCCAGCUGCCUGAGUCCAGCCAGCAGCGUUUCAUCCCGCAGCUGCCAGUCUGAUGCCUCCUCCUAUGAAUCAGGCUUCUCCUACAACUAUGAUAACUCACCCCAGAACUCCCCCUGGCAGUCACCCUCUGUGUCUCCCAAGGGCUCCACCCUCGCCUUGCCAGGUGAUGGCUGCACCUCUGGUGGCUCCCCUCGCCACUCCCCCUCCACCUCACCACGCACAAGCGUAACAGAUGACACCUGGAUAGGUCAGCGUGGCUCCAGACCCAACUCCCCUUGUGGUGCGAAGAGGAAGUACAGCUUCAAUGGCAGUGGGGCGUUGCAUAAGCACUACCCAUACUCGCCCAACCACUCACCUGGACCAUCCCCGCAGACCUCCCCUCGCCUUAGCAUCACAGAGGAGACCUGGCUGCCAAACACCAACCAGUACACUAACUCGGCCAUUCUAGCAGCCAUCAACGCCUUGACCACAGAUGGAGUGGCUGAGCUUGGGGAGGGAAUCCCCAUGAAGGCCAGGAAAACCAGCCAGGAGCACAACUCCACAGUCAGCCUAAAGGUGGAGCCUGGAGGUGAGGAGCUAAGUCCAGGGGAGCUCUGUCUGGACGAGCACCGCCUGCCAUUAAAGAAGGAGGGCUACUGUGGCGGGUUCCUGGAUGUUCCACAACACCCAUACUCCUGGUCCAAGCCAAAGCAAUAUGUCAGCCCAUCCCUGCCAGCACUCGACUGGCAGUUACCAUCUAGCUCGGGGCCGUAUAGCCUGCAGAUCGAGGUGCAGCCCAAGUCCCACCACCGAGCCCAUUAUGAGACGGAGGGCAGCAGGGGAGCCGUAAAGGCCCUGGCAGGAGGACACCCAGUCGUUAAGCUUCAUGGCUACAUGGAGAGCGAGCCUCUGACCCUGCAGCUGUUCAUCGGCACAGCUGACGACAGGCUACUGAGGCCCCACGCCUUCUACCAGGUCCACCGUAUCACCGGGAAGACAGUGUCCACCCCGAGCCAUGAGGCCCUGCACAACAACACCAAGGUUCUGGAGAUCCCACUGCUGCCAGAGAACAACAUGCGGGCCAUGAUCGACUGCGCAGGGAUCUUGAAGCUGCGUAAUUCGGACAUUGAGCUGAGAAAGGGGGAGACUGACAUUGGACGCAAGAACACACGUGUGCGGAUGGUUUUCCGGGUUCACAUCAACCAGUCCACGGGGAGAACGGUGUCCUUGCAGGCUUCAUCCAACCCCAUUGAGUGCUCCCAGAGAUCGGCCCAGGAGCUGCCGUUGGUGGAUAAGCAGAGUUUGGAGACGUGUCCCGCCCCCGGAGGGGAGAGGAUGUUCAUCGACGGACACAACUUCCAGCACGACUCCAAGGUGGUGUUCGUGGAAAAGGCUCAAGAUGGUCACCACCUCUGGGAGACUGAGGCCAAGGUUGAUAGAGACGCCUCAAAGCCUAAUUCAAUACUUGUUGAAAUCCCUCCCUAUCGGAACCAAAGACUCUCCACUCCGGUCCAUGUGAACUUCUACGUCUGCAACGGCAAGAGGAAAAGAAGCCAGUACCAGCGCUUCACCUAUGUCCCUGCCAGUGUUCCAACAAUAAAGACAGAGCCACAUGACGACUAUGACGCCCCUCUGGUGUGCAGCCAGCGUGGUCCCGGCCUGUCCUUGCACCCAAAGCCAUACUUCCCCCCUCAGGUCAUGACCCCGAUGAUGACCUCUGACCUCAGGCCGUGUGUGGUGGGUGGGGCUUACUCUGUCAGCCAGCAAAGGUUGGCAGCCAAACCGUCCUCGCUGCCCUCACCGUCCUCUCCGAGCACCAGCCCUAAACUGCAUGACCUGUCACCGCCGCCGUUCUCCAAGUGCCUCUCUUCCGGUCCAGCAGUCCAGCACCCGGGCCAACAGUCCCCAGUCCCACACGUCUCUAUCAUCCAGGAGACGCCAGGGCGCUACCAGCCGCCUAGUCUCUACCCACCCAGCAGCUCCUCCUCCUCUCCAACCUCGCAGCCCUCCACCCCAACUGACAGCCCUUUCUCUCCGUCCCAGUGCAUGACACCAGCCCAGCCGGUCAGCAGCAGCACCAGUCCAGGAGCUCAGCAGCACCCCACAGUGCCAGAGAGCGGGCGGGGCUCCAUUCAGGAGGAUGGUAGCCCCCCGACGCUGACUGUCAGCAUCAAACAAGAACCACAGGAGCUGGACCAGAUCUACCUUGAUGAUGAUGCGCAGAAGGUCAAAGCCAGAUCAAAUAGAGAAGAGGAGGUCAGUCAGUUCAGUCUGGGCCGGGAAGAGCACACAUGGCAGCGGAACGACACACUGUAGGAGGGUGGAGAUGAGUCAAUGAGAUCAUCAGGAACGAUCUGUCAAGCAUCUCCGUCCACAGCCAUGCAUAGUUUACUGUCACCCUCACAACUGACAUGGGAAACAAAAGUAAAGGGAAUCACCAAGCAACAUCUGACAUUGUGCUUUUCAUGCUUGGACUACAGCAUGCAGGAAGCAGCAAAAGGAAGAGCAAGGAGAACAAAUGUAAAUUUAUUGUCCAGAUGACCAGGGUCCAAUGUGUGCCUUGUUUUUCAUAUAUAAUGCCUUUACACAGAAAUUAUCCAAGAAAUACAUCACAUGACUGACUUUUCUAAGACAUGGAAAUUGAGUAUGUACCAACCAAGCCUGCCAUCCCCAACCCAAAGUAUGCUUUUAGAGGACCAAAAAUGUUUUUAUACGUCUUUUUUGCUGCAGUUUGUAAAUGAUUCAGUGCCUAUGAUUUAUGUCAUUUGUAUAUACAGUAUCUGUAGUGCUUCAGUUGCAUAUCUGGCUUUACAGAGAGACGGUUUAAAAGAGAAGUGCCUUUUUGACUGGAAACAGAAAAUUGUAGCCUGAGUUUGGCUUCACCUUCCAACAUUUUCUUAAAUUAAAAUGACAAGAUUAUUUUUAAAGGGAGAUCAUGUGAAUAGUCGCUACAUAUGGCAAUUCUAGGAUAAUGUUGAAUGCACAAAUAAAGAAUUGUCAUAAAGUAAGCAAUGUGACCUAGCAUUAUACAGUAGUAUCUAGCUAAAGUUUGCUAACAUUAGCUGACGGUAGCCUCCAGAAGCUACUGAUCAUACCAGACAAAAUGAGGCUGUUGCAACUAAACAACUGAGUGUAUUGAAUUGAUCAGGGGUGUAUUUUAUUUGCUGAGUUCAGCGUUUCAUUUGUAAAAGGGUGAAUGGAUUAUUUACAUUAUAUACAAAAGUUGCAUACUUUCAUUUUAAAUCAUAUUUAGUUAGCAUGCCUGUAUGGAUAUUUGUUCGGACAACAAUUAAAAUUAAAAUUGAAUACAGUUUCUGUAUUCACAACCAACAAUAAGCACUUAACCACUAAACCUGUGGUAUUACUUGUAGUUAUUCCAUUGAGACAACAAGUCACUUGAAGUCACCCAGCAAUGAUAAAACUUUCCAGAUGAUGUAUUUACAGAAUCAUGAGUCAUUUUGUGUUAUUUUUCUAAAUAAAAAUAAUAUACAGUGUAUAAAGUAACAUGAACUUUGAAGUAAAUUUCUACAGUAAUAAUUGUUUGACUUUUAUCAAAGAAGAAAUCAUCUCAGUUUUGACAAAGCUUGACUUUUAUUAUUCCCUGGAAGCUAUGCAAUACACAGGUAGCACUGGUCUCUCAAAGGAUAUAAACAUUCACUGUUGUAACUGAGAAGGUCUCUAAUCCAAAGAAUACUUACAGCAAUACAAAUAUAUACAUGCUUUAAUGUUUGUUUUUCUAUAUUCAUAUUUAUUCUCUUAGCAUGCGCUCUGUUUAUUCAUGUUUAUCAUCCGGCUUCUUUUACAUGCUUACCUAUUUACUGUGGUACUAAUAAUUUGAUGGCACUCUUAUAGCAAAACUGAAUGGGCUUACACACUUGUUUGCAGUUUUAUAUGUAUUUAUGAGUCUUAAUCCUUGUCUCUGAAGGGCAUGAAAGAAGCGAUAUUGAAAUGUUUACCGAGGAGGUUAUUGUUAGUCUACAACUCAUAAUUCUGCUUUGUGAUCUAUUUUGCGUAUUUGUCAAUAAAUAAGCCUUCAUCUCUUUCACCUGA